AUGGAUAACUUCGAGUACAGCAUCCAGCUGACCGACCGCGAGUGGGCCGAGUUCCUGCGGGCCGCGGAGGAGUGCAGCCUGGCGCCGGCCUCGCUGGCCACGGCCGAGGAGCAGAGCCUCAGUGACAUUGAGCAAGGGGACAGCGGCGGCAGGGGCAGCGCGGCCGGGCCGGGCAGCGAGCCCGCAGCGCCGGGCAGUGCCAACCCCGCGACACGUGGUGCCCGCGCCGGGGCCAGCGCCGGUGCCAGCCGCCCGGAGCGCGGGCAGUGCUGUGUGCCGGGCAGCGAGCGCGGAGCGGAGCCGGGCAGGUCCCUGUGUGACAGCGACAGCCACCAGCCCGGCUGUGCAGCUGCCAUGCCCAGCGCCCAGAGGAGGCAGCAGCCCCCGCGGGCACCCGGCGGCACCGCGCAGGGCACGGCGGGGACAGCGCCCGCAGGGAUGGAGCAGGGCGGGGAUGCAGGAGGGACACAAGCCCCGCUGGCACAGCCAGAAGCCCCAGCAGCCCCCGGAGCCCCCUCGGAGCCCCCGGCGGCAGCGCAGCAGCAGCAGCAGCAGCAGCAGGACCCGGCGGGCACGGAGCCCAGCGUGGCAGCGCAGCAGGACCCGGCGGGCACGGAGCCCAGCUCUCCGGGCGGCUCCCCCAGCGUGGUGAGGCCCAAGGUGCCGGCGCAGCCCAGGAAGAGCCGCAAGCAGCGCGGGGCCGAGGGGGAGCGGGAGCCCCCGAGCGCGGCGCCCCCCGGCAAGGCCCCGCCGGGCUCCCCGGCGUCCCCUCGGAAGGGCAGGGCCAAGGACAAGGCCGCCAGGGCGGCGCUGGUGAGGCUGGGCAGCGAGGAGGGCGGCGAUGGCGGCCCCAAGGCCCCGGGCAGGACCAAGGGCACCCGGCCCCCGAAGGCAGCGCAGGCCGGGGCUUCGGGCGGACGUGACACCGUCCCCGCGGCCCCUGCGGACGGAGCCGCGGCUCUGCCAGGGGAGGAGAGCCAGGAGAUGCCAGGGAAGCCUCUCCAGCCCCGGAAUGUGGCGGCGUUGGGAGGGAAUGCUGCUGAGGGGGCUGGGGGGCAGCCUGCUGAUGAGACCCCCAGGGCCGUCAGCCCCCUGUGCUUUGCCGAGGGCGCCUCUGGCAAGCCCAACUCGCUGGAUGUGACCUGGCCCGAGAUGUACGAGUACCUGUUCUGUGACUCCCAGGAGGAGGAGGAGCUGGGCAGCUCCCUGGAGGGGCGCAAAUCGCCCUUGCAGAGGGAAAUCUCCUGGCCUGAGCUCUACGAGUACUUCUUCACUGAGCCAGAAGGAAGCAGGAAGAAAGGCAAAGCUAAAGACAGGAAAAGAAAGAAGUUCAGAGGCCUGGAGCGCCCUGGGCUGCACCAGGAGGCGCCCAGCCCUGCUCCAGACAAGGACACCGUGGUUAUCUCGGUCCCUGAUGUGCAUGAACGCUUCUUCCCAGAGCCAGCCCCCAACAGGAUGGGCUGGAGAGGGAUUUUCUCCCUGGCCCCGGCCUCAGAGGUGAAGAAAGCCGUGAGGGCUUUGGGCUCCCUGCUGCAGAGGCAGGCCCAGCUGGGAGGAGGCCAAGCCCCAGGCUCCCAGGCCCUGGUGCCCAGAAGAUCCGGAGAGGAGCUCGCCCUGGUCCCGCUGGGAGGAGCCCAGGGCUGGCCAGAAGAUGGGGACAGGGCCCUGGCACUGAGAGGAGCAGCAGAGGAGGAGCCCCGGGUGCUGAGCCACAAGGACAUGUGCCUGGUGUUCUGUGCCUUCGCCUCCUGGGCUGUGAAGACAUCUGACCUGCAGGCUCCGGAUGCCUGGAAGACCAUGUUCCUGGCGAGCUUUGGCACCCUCUCGGCCAUCCGCUACUUCCGAAGGACGGUCAGGGAAGGGCACCCCCGGACUUAACCCGUGCCGCGCCGGAGCCGCCGCCCGGGGCCGGGGCUGCGUUCUGGACAGUGGGAGAAGCCUGGAGCCGGCCCCGAGAGCUGCCCCGGCCCCAUCCCCGACCGGACAGGAGGGCACAGGGAGCGGGAGCUCCCGGGCACGGGAACUGACGGUAGGACAGGACAGGACAGUGCCCCCAUGGUCCCUCCUCCCCGCUGGAGUCACCUGGAGGUGGCACAGGGACACACGGAGGUGGCACGGGGAUGCUCGGAGCGGCACAGGGAUGCUUGGAGGGGCACAGGGACACACGGAGGGGCACGGGGAUGCUCGGAGGGGCACAGGGAUGCUCGGAGGUGGCACAGGAAGGCACAGAGGUGGCACAGGGAUGCACAGAGGAAGCAGGGAGGUGUUUCACCCCUAUAAAAAGAGCCGGGAUAUCUCUGGAGGAACUUUGGGAAGAGCUUGGCAGAGCCCGGGCUGGGCAGCGGCUCCCAGAGGGAUGCAGGGCUCGCUGCCAAGCGCUCCCAUGAUCGCUCCCGGAGGAUCAAACCCCUCUUGGGUUUCACUCCCAAGAAGCCCCAGCUCGGGGAUGAGGUUUCUGCCGCCGCGGCUCCGUCCCUGGGGACAGCUGGGACAGAGACACGUCCCCAUCCUGCGGCAGGGACGGGCAGGGGUCACUGAGGGAAGGGCAGCAGGGGCAGGGGCUGAGCUCGGGAGGGUCAGGAGAGGGGACAGCAGGGAGGAGGAGGAGGUGGGCAGGUUUGGCCGUGCCAAGCAGCAGGGAAAGGCUCUGGGUAUUGGAUUUAUUUCCCUUUGUGCCUCCCGUCCUAGAGAGGCAAAGGGAGACGUGGGGUGAGGGAAAGUGGGAAAUGCAGUGGUUCAGUUCCCCCUGUCCCCAGGGCUCCCUCAGCACCCCAGGGGGAGCACCUCAGCUCAGGAGGAGCUUCCUCUCCUCAGCAGCCUGGUGACAGCGCCAGGGAGGGAUUGGAUUGGGAUCCACGGUGUUUGUGGGGCGACAGCAGAGAGGGGAGGCUCCUUUCCUGUGCUGAGAGGCUGGCAGGGCUGCAGGGAUGGGCUGGAGGCCGUGGGCUGGCACAGAGACACCUGGGGCUGGGAUUAGGGCUGGACAGGCUCUGCAUGGCCUGGAGCAGCUGCACGCCCACCGAGAGGGCUCCUGUGCAGGGGGAGAGCAGAUGGAACGUGCUGGAAGCUCCUAAU